AUGGUCGUAGCCAUCACCUGUUUCGCCGUAGCUUUCAACUUUCAACAGCGCCGUCGGCUUACCUGGUUCGCCCCAGCCUUUGGAGGAUGGUUUGUCGGAUUCGGCUUCAUCUUCCUUUACAACAGUGCCAACAACUACCUGGUCGACAGUUAUCAGCACCAGGCAGCGAGUGCUCUGGCCGCAAAGACAUUCUUGCGAUCGUUCUGCGGUGCGGGUGUGGUCCUUUUCACCAUUCAGACGUAUCACCGACUUGGAGACCAGUGGGCCUCGACGCUGCUGGCUUUUAGCGGGCUGGCAUGUUGUCUGAUCCCAUACGUCUUCUACUACAAGCGCGCUGCGAUUCGCAAGUAUUCGAAGUACGCGUAUGCUGGUGACGAGGAGUGCAACAUGAAAGGCCCUCAACUAGUAUCCCGCUACGACCGGUAUUCCGCUAUCCUACCUAAG